AUGACCGUACCGGUGGUGAGCGAGGGCUAUAUUGAUAUCGAGCGGAACUUCAUCCGGCUGAUGGAGAGGAACUCGGGCUUCACACGCAGCAACAUCUACCUCAUGUGCAUGGACGGUGCAUCCAAGAACUUUUUCGACGCGAAAAUGGGGAUUCGCUGCGUACCUAUGAGCGCAUUGGACCUGCCCACGCAUCAAGACAUAUGGCAACUCAGGGUAAAGGUAGUUUCAUGCCUCCUUGAGGUCGGGCACGUGGACGUGAUCAUGAGCGACGCGGAUGCCCUCUGGCUCGCCGACCCGGCAAAAGACCUGUUCAGCAGAGGCGGCGGUGGCAGGGGAGACAUCAUAGCCUCGCGCGGCAGCUGGCCGAACGAGCAGUCGAAGGAGUGGGGCUCGACCCUCUGCAUGGGGUUCAUCGUGUUCCGCGCGCGGAACGUUGCGGGUAUGAAGAGGUUCCUCGACGUCAUGGCGGACCUCGUGGUACAGAACAAGGACGACCAGAUGCUGUGUGAGUGUGCAACGGGCGUUGAAAACGAUUUCUGUGGUUUUCCUGCAAGUUCUCGCCCGCGAUCAAACCCAACACUUACGGAAAGCGCGUUCUGCGUUGCUGCGCCUUCCCCCAACGCCUCUUUAAUCCUGUCGAUUGUUUCGGUUGAGAAGAUUUCGGUCAAUCGAGCCGCGAAACAGCUGGGAAUCGUGUGGGAUAAGAACAGCGACAUGAGAUACGAGGAGAGCACGGGCUACGGCAGGGGGGUCAUCGCCGGCCUCGGCAGCAGCAACAACAGCACAAGCGGCGGUGGUGGCGAUCUUUUCAUAGGGCAAACCGGCCACGGCGUUGUCGUCGGUAGGGGGACACGGGAAGUAGAGGCACCGUUCAGGGUGAUCUUGCUCCCCCACAGCGCGUACACGAGGCGCUGCGGUAGAAGGACGCUCUCGAACCAGACCACGGUGGUGGCUCACUGCUACUUCCCCCAAAAGGAGGCGGGCGUCAAGACUUCCUGGAUGAAGAAGGCCAAUCUGUGGUCGGUGCAGGACGAUCCCUGA